UGGGGAAAGAGUCGUCGCCCCGCAAAGCUGGGGGCCGGUCGCGUCGGUGGGCUGAGAGCGGUUGGUUGUCGGUCGGUCGGUCGGUGCUGUCGGCGCUCUCCAUGGCGGCCCAGCGCGGACACGCUCAGGUGGCGAGCUCCCAGAAGGCCCUUAUGCUGGAGAUGAAGAGCCUCCAGGAGGAGCCCGUGGAGGGUUUCCGAAUCACGCUGGUGGAGGAGGCCGAUCUCUACAACUGGGAGGUGGCCAUCUUCGGACCCCCCAACACCCUGUACGAAGGCGGCUAUUUCAAGGCCCGUAUAAAAUUUCCCAUCGACUACCCUUACUCUCCGCCCACCUUCCGCUUCCUCACCAAAAUGUGGCACCCAAACAUCUAUGAGAACGGAGACGUAUGCAUCUCCAUCCUGCACCCCCCUGUGGAUGACCCCCAGAGCGGAGAGCUGCCCUCUGAGAGGUGGAACCCCACACAGAAUGUCAGGACCAUCCUGCUGAGUGUGAUCUCUUUGCUCAAUGAGCCCAACACCUUCUCGCCAGCCAACGUGGACGCAUCGGUCAUGUACCGCAAGUGGAGGGACAGCAAGGGCAAGGACCGCGAGUACGCCGAGAUCAUCAGGAAGCAGGUGCUGGCCACCAAAGCAGAGGCAGAGCGGGACGGUGUGAAGGUGCCCACCACGCUGGCCGAGUACUGUGUGCGGACCAGGGCGCCGGCCCCCGACGAGGGUUCUGACCUUUUCUACGAUGACUACUAUGACGAAGAGGACCUGGAGGAUCAGGACGACCAGGACUGCUGCUAUGAUGAGGAUGACUCGGGGACUGAGGAGUCUUGACCCCUCCCACCACAACCUAGAUCAGAUCCCACACCCUCCUGUCUUACUCUUUACGCUGAACUGUUCUCCACCCUUCCCCGGUGACUGAUGUCCCUUGGAUUGCUCUGCCACACCUACUUUUGACAUACCAAUAUUUUUGAAAAGACUGAAGGCAUUUAGAGUGGUUUAUUUUAUUAUUUUUUUGUCUGUGUGUCUUUAGCUCUCCUCAAUUUCCUUGUCAGCACUGCCCCGCCCCCCCCACCCCGAAAUGUACUGUGUUCUCACCUUAAAGCAUUCAACCCCCCCCCCUUUUUUUUUUGCAUGCUGUCACACACCUUCCCAUUGUAUAUGAUGUACCUGCACAGCAAUAACCCUGCUGUCCUGGGUCCACUGUGGUGGCACUCCUGAGCCUGUGUGUUCAAAGGGUCACUUCGUGCUCCCUUCGCAGGGCCAGUACUGCUGGGGCACCCGCUGGGCUGUCAUGCCACCUGCCAUUAAGCCUCUCCGCACGUUGCUCUCGGCUCAUCCUCUUUAGGUGCCGUAUCUCCAGAACCCAAACGCAAAUCGUAUCGUCUGUCUGAACCUCUGACCGUCCCUCCUCCUGUCCCAUUAUCCGGGGUUCAUAAAAUAAAUGAUCCUCCUCAGGCAGGUAUCUCCACAAAUGUAGCUAAUGCGACACUAACAUAGCACCUGCCUAGGUGACGGUUCAUAGCGCUGCCUCCCUUGUGUCAAAGGAGCGUGUGCGUACCUGUCGGAGAACUCGCAUCUGGAAGCCAUCUCCGUGCUUCCUCUCUUACGGUUUCGUCUCCGGCUGUUUUUCCAAGGGUGCUCUCUCUGUGUGCUGAAGGCUUUAAGUGUUCUGGUUCUUCAUGAACUUUUGUAUAAAUAUUCCUUUUUUGGGGGACUGAAUGGGAUUUUAGGUGAUUCAUGUCAUGAAGUGUUUUUCUUUUUUUUCCUUUUGCAACCACAACACCUCCUCACCCCCCCCCCCC